AUGCAUUCCCUCAACCUUCAAUUAUUGCUCAUUUCUCUCUUCACCUUGUGCAUCCUCCGCACCGCUGCCGCUAGACCUUUACCAUCACGAUACUUCAGAGAAAAGAUCGACCACCAAAAAAGAGAUUUGGACCUUCGUACCAGAAAGAUAUUAUUGGCAAAUGGUGAAGUCCACCAUAUUGAUAAAAGAAAGCUCCAAGAAGAAUUGCACGACAAAAGAUCGGCGCAUAUCGAAGCAGCGAUCUUGGCCAGUAGGCAAGCUGCCAAAAAUUCAUUUUCUUGGAAUUGA